AUGACCUUCGAGUGCCCAGCAUGCAAAACCCCUGUACUCUCAUAUCAAGGUUAUCAGACUCACCUUCGUCUCAGUCAAAACCUAGAUUGUCAACACCUAUACGACCUUCUCCACUCCUAUAUUCCAUCAGACUCCUCUGCUUCAGAGUCAGAGCCUGAAGAUAUCAACCUCGAAGAUGACUCGGAGGAUGACAAAGUGGGGCCAAUCACCUUUGAAGGUGACUACUUCGGCUCAACCUACACACCAGAAGACCUUGGCCAGGAUGCUGAAGAAGAGCCCGAACUGAAUCGAGAUAACGACAAGGAGGAGGAGGAAGGAUACGAUGCGGACGUAGAUGCAGCAGAGCACGCAAUUCUCGAAGAUAGCCCAGAGCCUUCAAGAGGUGCACCAGCGCUGAUGCCAUAUCAGGAUGGCGAGGAAGACCAGCAAAGCCCGACUGAUGAAGCCUCGUCGAAUUUUCGAAGGCUCGCCAUUGAUGAAAGGGUCCAGAAUGCAAUCAUUGUCGAAAAAUUCCCUUCAGUACUUGCGGGUGCCCAUAUCCAUCAACGCCGACAGGACAACGACUCGAGGUAUCAAGAUGAUAUCACUGGUGCAACAGACAACCUGUACACACCUUGUUCCUCAAAGCUGGAGUGGGAGCUAGUGAGAUGGGCCAAAUUACGUGAACCAGGAGCUACGGCUAUGACAAAGCUGUUGAAGAUAGAUGGGUUCUCACAACAUCUCGGCCUCUCGUUCUCCACUAAUCAGGGUCUCAAUAAGCUCGUCAACUCUAUCCCUGACCGCCCUCGCUUCCAUCAAGAGGAAGUUCUCAUUGCCGGUCAAUCCUUUGAGUUUUUCUAUCACAACAUUCUAGACUGUAUAAAGGCCCUUUGGGGUGACCCGGAAUUCGCUCCUUACCUGGUUUUCGCUCCCGAGCGUCAUUAUCAAGAUGAAGGGAAGCAGGUUAGAUUGUAUCACGACAUGCAUACAGCAGAUUGGUGGUGGGAAAUGCAGGAAGAAUUUGAGAAGAAUCAUUCGGGUGCAACAAUUGUACCGGUAAUCAUUUCUUCCGACAAAACUCAGGUCACUCUGUUUCGAAAUAAGACCGCGUACCCAGUAUACAUGACAAUCAGCAAUUUACCAAAGUUCAUACGCUGCAAACCAUCAUGA